GUCUGAUUACUACUACUACUACUACUAAAACUACUAGUAUUGUUACUUUUACUGUAACCUCUACAAGUAGCAGUUGUACUAGUUUUACCACUCGCACGACCACUGGCUCGCGAUAGUAGUAAAAUGCACACAGCCCGAGGACGUUCGGUUUACGGCGCUCUACGGUCGGUUCUUAUCAUCGCCGCCGACGACACAAGUGCUGACGCGUAACAUUCAACGACGAGGUGUUAGUGAUCACAUCGAUCUCCACGACCGGUUUCUCGUUUUCGUCCGACCAUGUACUACGUUUUCCCGUCCGCCGCUGCACCAGUGUAUUGCGCAGACCAAGAGCGUCGGUGUCUCGCGUGAACACCGUCCGUCCACAAGGGGCUCAAAGCCGUUGAUUUAAGUCGAGCAGUCACUUCUCAUGGACAAGCGAAAAUGGGUGAUUUAACAUUCUACACUGUGACCUACAACGUAGCUACUAGAUCUCCAAGACAACCUCUAGACGAUUUGUUACAAUGGAACGGACGCACCGAACACCAACUACCAGACUUUUGUUUAUUUGGGUUUCAAGAAAUCAAGGCUCAACCUCAAAACUUAUUACUCGAUGCGGUAUUUGAUGACUCAUGGACAGCAGCUCUAAGAGAUGUUUUAAGUGGCUAUAAUUAUGUAAAAAUACGCACUGUAAAAAUGGUUGGACUGCUGCUAAAUGUAUUUUGUAAACGAAAACAUGUAUCUCUUUUAAAAGAAAUGCAAACUUCAGAAACACGUACUGGAAUUUUGGGCCUUUGGGGAAAUAAAGGUGCUGUUAGUUUUAGUUUUAAAAUUUACGGAGCAACAAUAUGCUGUGUUAACUGUCACUUUGCUGCACAUGAAGAAUAUUUAAAACAUAGAAUAAAUGAUUAUCACACAAUCAUUGAGAGUCAACAUUUUGGUACAUCAAAAAAAACGAUUUUAAAUCAUGACUAUGUCUUUUGGUUUGGCGAUCUAAACUUUCGUUUAGACAAUAGUAAAUUGAAGUCAGCUGAAGAAAUUGCUAGCCGAGUUAAUAAUAUAAAUUCAUCACUAAGAAAUGCAACAACAUUAACUGACAUCUGGGCACAAGAUGAGUUAAGUUCAGUCAUGCAAAAGUCAAAAGCUUUUAAAGGAUUUUUUGAACAUUUACCAAUGUUUCCACCAACCUAUCGAUAUAUAUUUGGUUCAAGCAGUUAUGAUCUCAAGAGAAGACCAGCAUGGACAGAUCGUAUUUUAUACAAAACUAUCAAUCCAUCAAAUAAAAAAUGUGUACUAGAGGUACUAUCGUAUAAGUAUAUUGAAUCAAUACAAUUAAGUGACCAUAGACCAGUUUAUAGUGAAGCCAGUGUUCAAAUAUGUAGUGACGAACAUUUCAAUAAGGUUGACCAACCUGUAAUUUUCCAACCAAUUAACACAUGGCAAUUAGAAACGGAAAAUGAAAUUAAUUUACAAAUAAAAGAAUACAUUCCUUGGGCUAACGAUUGGAUAGGUGUAUUUAAAGAAAAUUAUACUAGUCUUGAUGACUAUUUAUCGUAUGUGUAUUUACCUUUAGAGACUAUUGAACGUGAAGAAGAAUCUAAUGAUGAGUAUAGAAGAUUUGAUAACAUGACAUCUAUGUGUAGGGUAAAAUUCCUUCCUGAAGUAUUUUCAGAUGGUUCUAAAAGAGUGUGUUUGAAAUUUUCUGAAACUUUAGUGCUGAAUCCGGGUAGUUAUAGACUAAUAUAUUUUAGUAGCACUAAUAAUUCAGUGCUCGGUGUAUCAAAUCCAUUUUUUGCUACCAAACAAACAUGCGAAUUAAAUACAUCUCAUGAAUUCGGUUGGUAGAAUUUCGAUAAUCCCCAACUGUCAUAUCAUUAGUAUAUUAUGUAUUUAAUUAGAAGGGGAAUUUUUUUAUAUUUGUUGAAUAUGUGUACUAGUUAUGUUUUGAAUUUAUAUUGUAUGUUUCUGUUACAAACAUGUGUUUAUUAUUUGCUCAUAUUAGUACUUAGAAAUUAUCUGUGAUCGAGGUUGUAGCUAUGCAUGAUUUACACAGCACUGGUUUUAGAUAAAAAAUACAAUUAUUGAAAUAACUGUUCAGCUAAAUGCUACGUCAAGCAGUACCAAUAAUCCACCUUAAGUUAAAAUGGCUGAUAAUGUUAAAUAUAAGAUGUUUGAUUUUUGAUAUUUUACUAUUUUAGUGUAUAUUGUAUUUUUAUUUUCAAUAUAUUGUAAACCAUUUUUUAUACCGUUAA